AUGGCACCUACAUUCGCCUCGCUCAAAGCCAAAGCUGUGAGUGAAUUCGCCUCAUCUUGUCACUUGACUUGAUGCUGACGUAUUCCACCCACAUGCUUCGUCCAUGCACUCCUGCACCGACUCCACAGGCGGACGCUGCAGGGGAUCUCAAGACCAAGAGCUCGUCAAAGCCGGUGCAGUACAAGCCCGUCACACCCUGGGAUCCGGAAGCUAGUCGUGCCAAACCAUCUGCUACAGAAAGGUUUGAACAAAGCACCGUGUUGCAGCGCCAUGCGGCUAUACACCGUCCGCCACCGCCGCCGAAGCGCGUUCACGCCCCUACUGCGGCCGAACAGGAAACGGCAGGACCUGCACAGCCCCCUCGACUGCCUUACAGAGGAUUGCCUCCUUCAUCAGGUGCUGCUACACCACCCGUUGCGCCACCUUCGUCUCGCAAGCCUGCGUUCGGCGCCCCCACUGCCGGAUCAGCUCCGCCUCCCCCACCUCCACGUAACAACUCGAACUCGUCCACGGUCAGCAGCAGUAACACUGGCCGAGCAGUGCCGGCUCCACCUCCAAAUACCGCAGCUCCACCGUACCAGCACGCCGUCGACCACGAUCUGCCUCCCAGGGGAUCGCCAGCUGCGGCUCUCGGUCGAAACGGCUUUGUCAGGUUCAGCGAAUACGGAACCUCGGAAAAGGAAGAGCUGUUCGCGAUGCUAGACGAGGUAAGUCUGUCUUCGAUCCAAUGUAGACUGCGUAUGCGAGUGCGGUGAUGUCUGACGAGCAGGCUCAAAAUCGACCGUGCAGUUCUUCGAAGCGAGGCUGAGCUCGCUGCAGCUCGGGGGUGACGAGGCACCUUUACCAGCGAAGGCCGAUUUAGUAAGCUGUUCUACAAGGCUAUUCUCAAGGCUUCCCCGAGCUGAUCCUUAAUGUUGGAGCAGACGUCAAAUCUUCGUCGAGCGGCCAUCUCACCACCGCCGAACGUCGACGCCGCUACUACACCUGCCCGAGCACGGCGCACUUGGCCUUCCGAUGGAACGGCUGACCAGGCCGAGUCGGAAGCACCAUCCUACCCACCUCCUCAGACCCAUUCCUCCUCGGCCCUCGCGCUGUGCCACUGGAUCAUGUACGAGCCUUACGAGACGCUGUGGUACGACGAAGCGUCACCUCGACCUCCCCCACUCGUUCAAGCGCGCGGCGACAUGCGCUACGCGGGAUCAUGGUCUUCGACGGGCACGAGCAAGACGACGAUCGGGCUAAUCAUCUUUGGUGAUGCUUCGUGUUGUUGGUGGGCGAUGUCAUUCGAUACGCGCAAUCCGAGCCAAGUCGAACGUCAAGCGCGGUAUCGACCGAUCCCGUCCUCGUGGUCGGGCGAGCAACUAUACGCCGCGAGCGAGACGUACUCGAGCGAUAUCGUCAUAUUUGCACGCAAAGCUUAUGCGAGUGGUCAACCCGUCGCAAGGGGUGAAUGUUGGGACCUGGCGGCAGAAGCGUUGAAGCACGUCAAUCAACGGCCCGGGAUGCCCGAAGCGUUCCCCAGCAUUGGGAGGACCCACGGCCACCUCAUGUACUACGGACGCGCUGGGAAGCCGGGCGUUUGGAGGGGUGGGGAUUGUUAUGUCCGGCCCGGGGAUGUCGUCGAAUGGAGAUUGGUGAAGAUCUGUGGGGCGAACGCACCAAAGGGAUCGUUUUCGACCUUGGGCGAUCCUGAUCAUACAGCCGUAAUCGUCGAAGUCGGCACGCCCAAAUUGACCCCAGCGGACGGCGAAGAAAUCGAUGUGACCCAAUUGCCGGACUUGUCCGUCGUGGAGCAGUCUCAAGGACGACCACCCUUGUUGAACACGUACGAUCUUUCAACGAUGUCAACGGGGGAGGUAUGGCUUUAUCGACCGGUGCCGCUGGUUGAUUAUGUGGGGACCGAGAUCAAGGUUGAAUGGCCACCCCAGUGCCAGACGUGGGAGAUUGGACAGCUGGAGUAG